GCUAUUUUGUACAAUUCCAACCGCGACACUAUCUUCGAAGAUCCAGAUGAAAUAGUGUAUUGUCCAGUGUACCCUUUCACCCGUCCACCUCCACUGCCUCUCAGUCGCAGUCGCAAUCGCAAUCGAGGAUACUUACACUUUUUUCGUUACUUGUAGACUAUUUGAGAACUUCUCCAUUCGCGCUUCGAUCGUAUCUAUCAGACAAUCAAACCCCUCAAUCACAGCAUUCCAGCUUCCCCAUUUCUACACCCCUCAUCCCCACAAAAAUGGGAAACUGCUGCAGUACCUCAUCAGACCCCUCCCCCUUCGACCAACCCGGCCGCACUCUCUGCUCCGCACCCCCGAAGCCUGCCCCCUCAAAAUCUACACUCCCACCCUCUGUCUCCGCUUCCGCCUCCACCGUUCCCCGUACCUACACUGUCGGUGGUCCCGCACGAACUCUCGGCUCUGGAUCAUCGGGCACAAAAGAAGAUGCCAGGAGGAAAGCUGCCGAGGCCGCAGAGGCACGUCUCUCAUCCAAAAAGCCCAAAGGCGCACUAGGAAAGAAACUUCAAGAAGAACAAUCUCAGACCCUCAAGACAACACGUGAAAAUACAAGCGCAGCAGAAAGACAAGCUAGGGAGGCAGAUCUCGCUGCCGAGGCUAGAGCUUACAAUUGAAGAACUAGGCCACUGAACAAUUGAUGGGAACGGCAUUGGACGACAAAGGAGAAGUGAGGUGCAGGACUAUUUUUAUUUGGAGAAGUGGAGUUAUUUUUCGAUUCUUGAAGAAUUUGGGUGGGUAGAGGUGUUUGGGUAAUGGACGGGCACCCAUUUGGAUAUAUCCCAUUUUUUCAUGUUGCUUUUCGGGCUCCAUCGUAUUGGAUAGAUUAGGAGUACCGGGUAAUUUUUCUUGGAUACAUAAUUUUGAACUUCACGACCCUUACGAAUAGAGGAGUUCAUUCUAGAAAGAAGAAGAGGAUGAUCAGAUAGUAGAAGCAGCAGAGACAAUGUGAAAUAGGACGUUAGGUGAAGCGAUAAUGGAAAAGAGAUUUCAACACU